AUGAAAGAAAAGUCAGCUAUUGUAUUCGAUGUUAGACCAGAAGACGAAUCUUCGGAUCUCAAGUUGGUAGAGCAAAACAUCCGUAAGAUCACCAAGCCAGGCUUAUGUUGGGGUGAAGCCAAGUGUGAGAGUCUCGCCUACAAUCUCAAGCACUUGAUGAUCUCAUGUGUGGUAGAAGACUCUGUCUCCGUAGAUGACCUCCAAAGUCAAAUCACCAACUUCCCCAAUGUACAAACCGUUGAAAUUGAAUCAUUCAGCAAGAUUUAA